AUGCGUGUAUCUAGUCGUUACAAAUGUACCACCUCAGCGUAUGAUAAUAUUGUAUGGUGUCAGUCCAAGAAAAGAGUUUUCCGAAAUGGAAAGUGGACGGAAGUACCGCAUGUUCCUAAGGUUCUAACCUCCACAAAGAUUACCGGCACAAAAAACAAACCAACUAUUUUUCAAAAAAUAUGUAACUGGAUCGAUUUUGAUACAGUAGUGAAUUUCAAUGUUACUGUUAAAUCCGACGAUAUAGAAGGAACAGAAAAUGGAGGAGACUGGAAGGAAAAUUUUGAUAACGAUAUAAGAGUCAAUGAAAUUAAUAUGCAAAUGCUUUCAACAUCACUUCAUACACAAAUAUUUAAGAAUGAUUAUAAACAAGAAAGACUAUCUUCAGCAGAAAUAAAAUCUAUAAAACACAAUUUGAGUUUAUAUGGAAUACAGACUAAAGAUGCGUCAAGAUUACCAAAUGUAGAUAUUAAAUUGCCCCCCUUAGAAGGCAACGAUAUAGAGCAACAUUUUUAUAACAUUGGUGAGGCGCAAGUUAAGCCUUAUGUAACAAUUAUAAAAGAGACUUUGAAAAGCAUUCCUAAAAUGCCAGAUCAUUGGAUGUUAAAAGAAGGAUGGACCAGAUAUACACCUGAUGGAGUAGAAUCUGUAGAUUAUCCAUUAGAGGAUGGUAUUAUUUUUGAUGUGGAAGUUUGUAUGAAGGAAGGACCUUUACCAACAAUUGCAACCGCAGUAACAAAUCGAGCUUGGUAUGGUUGGGUAUCAAAGUCUUUAAUGGAUGGAGUAACUACAAAUUUUGAAGGCCAGCAGUUUACUAUGGAUCAGUUGAUACCAAUAGAAAGUAAACCUACAGAACAUGGGGAGAAAUUGACUGCAUAUCAUAAGCAACCAAAGGUUAUAGUAGGGCAUAAUGUAUCAUAUGAUAGGAGUAGAAUUAAAGAACAGUAUUGGUUGAAUCCUACAGGUACAAGGUUCAUUGACACAAUGUCACUUCAUGUAUCUGUUAGUGGAAUUAGUAGCUACCAAAGAACAAUUUUAAAUUCCAAGAAGAAUACUUGUGAGAAAACUAAUUUGCACAUGCAAACUUCUUUGAAUAGUUUAUCAGAAGUCCAUAAAUUUUAUUGUGGAAACGAGAUAAGUAAGGAGUCAAGAAAUGUGUUUGUAGAGGGAACAUUGAACGAUGUAAGAAAAGAUUUCAAUUCUUUGAUGACAUAUUGUGCAGGUGAUGUAGUUGCAACAUAUAACAUAUUGUGCAAGUUAUUUCCUACGUUUGAAGAAAGGUUUCCUCAUCCUGUUACUUUAAACUAUGAAACUAAGUUUAUUCUUUCUCAAAGAGCUAAUGCUGUGUGUCAGCUUAUGCAUAAUGGAUCAUAUGAAAAAAAUUUAUGGAUGUGGAAUGAAGAUUGGAGUACCCAGAAAAUUAAGGUGAAGACAUCAGUUUCAGUAGUAGAUCUUAAAAGGGAAUUUAAAGAACUAAAGACCAAAAAAGAAGAAAGCGAUGCACAAAAGUAUCUUACAGAUGGGGAGGAGGAGGAGGAAGAUCCUUUAGAGGAGGAAUUUGGUUAUUUGCAACAGACAAGAAAACUUUUACCUGCUAAGCUACCACAUAUGCCAGGAUAUCCAGCAUGGUACAGGAAACUUUGCGCUAAACUCAAUGAUAAAAACUGGGAACCAGGUCCACAGUAUAUAAGUACAUCUAUGCAAAUUGUUCCGAAGCUAUUGAAUCUUACAUGGGAAUGUUACCCUUUACACUAUAUAAGGGACAAAGGUUGGGGAAUUUUAGUGCCUUUUAAUGAUGAUUUAGAUGCAGAAACGAAAGUGCCUUUAAAGCAACUGUUGGCUCAAUGUCCUUUACCACAAAUGGAACAUUCCACUGAGGAAACAGAAUACCUAAUUUCAACACUUGACAAAACCGUCGAAAUGAAUUUACACAAACAAGAUUUUUGGUAUUUUAAGAAGAAGAAGAAAAAAUCUGAUUUUGAUAUAAGUAAAUUGUAUAAAGGUACAGCAGUCUGGUGUGACGAGAUUAUAGAUAACUGUUGCUAUUUUCUUAAACUGCCACAUAAAGAUGGAGGAACUAGCAAUGUCGGUAAUCCUUUGGCCAAAGAUUUUCUGAAUAAAUUUUCUGAAAAUAUUCUUGCUGGUUUAGACAGCAGCGCAUCAGAGGUAUUGAAAAUUGCUAAAAUGAUCUCAUACUGGAGGAAUAACAGAGAUAGGAUUAUGUCACAGUUUGUUGUAUGGUUCAGUAACUCUUGUUUACCAAACACCAUGAACAAUACUAAAAAGUCAUUGUGCUAUGGUGCAAUCAUACCUUUGGUAGUUGUGUGUGGUACAUUAACUAGGCGUGCAGUCGAGAGUACGUGGAUGACCGCUUCCAAUGGUCAUAUAGAUCGGGUUGGUUCUGAAUUGAGAGCUAUGAUACAAGCCCCUCCAGGGUAUAACAUCAUCGGAGCCGAUGUGGACAGUCAAGAGCUGUGGAUUUCGUCGAUGUUAGGAGAUGCUAACUAUAAAAAUAUUCAAGGAGGUACACCUUUCGGUUGGAUGACCCUAAUAGGAACAAAGUCUAAUGAAACUGAUAUGCACAGCGUUACAGCCAAAGCUAUUGGAAUAUCGAGAAAUCAAGCCAAGAUAAUCAACUAUGCCAGAAUCUACGGCGCGGGACAAAAGUUUGCGGAAAGACUUUUGAAACAAUUUAAUCCAAACAUGACAAACGCUGAAGCCGCGUCCAAGUCGCGGAAGAUGUUCGCUAUGACCAAGGGUAAAAGACUAUACAGGCUGAAACCUGAAUACAUUAACGAGGAAAUACUGGACAAAGAAUAUUCGGCUUAUGAAGCGUCCAGGACAGCAAAAUUGUUUGGCAAAACGUUAUCAGAGAUGUUUAGUAAUAGCAAAUGGACAGGUGGUUCAGAAUCGGCCAUGUUCAACAGGUUGGAGGAAAUUGCUAACAGUGAGCAUCCCGUUACCCCUUUCUUGAACUCCAGAUUGACUCGCGCCUUAGAGAACGAAACGAGCAGCAAGUAUUUGCCUACAAAGGUAAACUGGGUAGUUCAGAGCGGAGCGGUUGAUUUCUUACACUUGAUGCUGGUCUCGAUGAAAUGGCUCAUGAAGGAUAACAUAAGAUUCUGUUUGUCGUUUCACGACGAGGUACGGUAUAUGGUGCCGUCGGAGUACAAAUACAACGCGGCACUUGCCAUGCACGUAACCAAUCUUAUGACGCGAUGUUUUUGCGCCUCGAGACUUGGAAUGAAAGAUCUGCCAAUGUCGGUAGCAUUUUUCACUUCCGUCGAAGUGGACACCGUUUUGCGGAAAGAAUCUAAAGACGAUUGUAGGACACCAUCGAAUCCUCAUGGAUUGAAAAGUGAAUACGAUGUUCCAUUGGGAGAGAGUUUAGACAUUUGGGAAACGAUAAGAAAAUCAGAAGGUUCUUUUGGGCCAUGGCACGAGACGGAGGAACAAGAUCAGGAAUUAUCCGAGCAGGAGGCGAUGCGUAUUAAUGAUAGAAUAUAA